AUGAGCAAGCAAAUAACGUCGCAGGAAGCCAAUACCUUGGUUCAGGGGCUUAAACAAGAGCUAGCUCAUUACCAAGCUGCAGGAAACGAUCAAGAAAAGGCCCAAGAACAUUUCCAGAAGGCUGAGCGUUACAGACAACUUCUACUUCAGUACAAUCAGCAACGUACCCAACAAGAAGGCAGCCAAACUGAAGACCCAUCUAUCACUCAGGCCAUCAACUCUAUGCCAUCCCGACCACUGACACCACUUACCGCAUCUAGCAUCAAUCAGCCGCUGCCGAAUGCCAGUUUAGAAAAGAAGAUCAGUCAAUUAAAAGUGACAUUUCAAGAAGUGAGAGCACGAAUCGACUCUCUUGAAGAACUUAAGCGAAAAGAAACAGAUCCGGAGGUCAUUGCAAAUUACGACAGGGAGUUGGUAAAGCUCAAGCCCACGUUCAAUAAAAUUGCCAAUAUCUUGAGCAACCAACGGAUUCUGUCUCCUGCUCCUGAGACACGGGGACAACCAACGGGUGGUCGAUCAAAUUCACAAUCACCUCCACCUAUCGCGGCAAACCCAAACUAUCGCAACCUGCCCAUUCCACAACUCAGAGUGCAGCCACCGCGAGCGGCCGCAGUCAGAGCACCUACCGCGAUUCUGGUUGCAAGACCAGUCUCGACACAAAUCACUCCUCUGGUGUCUUCAUCAUCUAUACCAGGUCGAGGUGUACUGUCGACCACACCUCUGGGCAAUUAUUAUAGUCAACAGAAUUCUCAGAUCCGACAACUGCCAAUGUAUCACAUGAGUGACUACUACUCUGGUUACCAAGGCGAUCUGCUGGGGCGUAUGCUUCAAAAAAGAAAACUACAAGAGGUUGUCAACCUGCUUAGUGUUGACGAGGGUGACGUCAAUACAAUAAAUCGAGGUGGUAAUAUGAUGGAUGGCGAUGUUGAAGAUUUACUAAUUGAUCUUGCUGAUGAGUUUGUAACUCAGGUAACUUCCUUUGCCUGCAAGCUUGCUAAACAUCGUAAAGUCGAUCUCAUCGACAUGCGUGACAUGCAGUUGAAUUUAGAGCGCAAUUGGGGCAUAAGAGUUCCUGGGUACAACUUAGACGAAAUCAAAGCCACACGCAAAUGGCAGCCACUGGCGGAUUACCAAGAGCGUCAACUGCAGGUUGAUCAUGCCAAAAAGGGCGGUAGUGAUAAGAAAUGA